AUGUCAAAUUCUAAGCAGCAAAAAUCUUUUGAAAAAGAAAAUUACCCUAUUUCAUCUGAAAUAAUAUACUAUGAUGACCGAAAAUUUACUUAUGUUGUUAUUCAAGAAGAAGAAAAACCUCAUUACCUAAUUUGUUUUGGAGAUAAUUUACAAUAUCAAGUUGUUUCAGCUCAAUCACCAUUUGAUGCUUCUGUUGAACUGCACAAAAUUAUAACAUCAGAUAAGAAGACUGCUGUUUCCAGAGUUUAUCUCUUUGGACUUCAAUUAAAAUGCAUUGAUAGAAAUCGCAAAGGUAGACCACGUGAAUUGAAACUAUAUGAAGAAUUAAGCAAAACUACACAAAUUAAACGUGCAAAAGGUCUUGCGAAAAAAGAACAAAUACACUUUGAAAAUUUAAUUAAAGACUUUUACAAUCCUAAAGAUCGUGUAGUUUUAAGAACUUUAAAUUUUACUAUAGAAAAUAAAGAAUAUAAUAUAACAUUUGAAGAUGAUGAUAGUGUUAAAAAAAAACAAAAAUUACAAUCAAUGGCAUAUUAUUUUGUCAUUUUGACGAAAAGUAUAGUACAAGAUAUAGAAAAUAUACCUCGUAAUGCAUAUCAUCAUCUUGCAGCUGUAGAAUCAACAUUACCACGAGAAUAUGCUAUUUCUCAAACCCGUCAAGAGAUUAAUGCAUGUAUGGGAGAAUUAAUACCCAUUAAUUUUAUUGAUUUAAAUUCUACUAUUAUACAAGAAGAACCUUUGGAAGAGCCUGAUAUAACUGAUCCAUUAAUUAUUGAACAAGUUGUUAGUGCAACAGGAAAGGGUGCUUACCGAAGUGUCAAAAAAAUUUUUGAGUAUAUAAUACCAUCAUAUAUUAAAAAAAAAGUAUUAGAUCCUGCAAUACCAACUAUUCAUCUUCAAAUAUCUGGUGAUGGGCAGAACGCAGAACGAAAAGUGAAGCAUGUGAUGAUUACCGUAGCACUAUUGGAUGAUUCAAUGAAUCUUUUCAAGUCUGAUUAUCAUUAUACAACCGUUUUAUUUUCAGGAACAGAAAAUUAUCCAACUUUAAAAGUUGCAGUAAAUGCCUUAAUUCAAGAAUUGCAAAAAUUAAGUAAUAAUGAAAUGAUUAUCAACAAUAUUUUUUGGAAUUUUGAGCUUUUUUUUAGCUCAGAUUGGAAGAUUCUCGCUACCUGUUUGGAUUUUAAUACUGCAAACUCCAAUUAUUUCUAUCCAUGA